CCCUAGCUGGGGCCGCCGCUUCUUCUCUGAUCUUCAUCUUCUCCAUCGAAGACCCUCCCCUUUCUAAUACACCCAAAAAGCCGCCGCCGGACCCUCCCCUUUCUGCUUUCAUCUUCUUCGUCAAUCACCAUGAAAGCUGGCCAAAACCAGCCGUGAAACCUCCGUCGCCGGUGAGCUUCGCCGUAAACCGGCGAAAAAACUAAUUAGAGCCAGCCGCCCCACCAUCCUCUCCAAACAGACCUUCCCCCUCUCCUUCUUCAUUCUUCUCUCACCUUCACAGACAGAAACAUCCGGAUUUCAAAAUACCGAAUUUCAGAUCUAAAAAAAAAGAACUGCGAAAAAUCAAAAAAAAGAAAGAAAAGAAAACGAUGAAAAGGAAGAUUUAAAGCUGGUUUUGGAUUUCAUUCUGCUGCUGCAUAAUUUCUGAGACUUCGAAGCUGGUCCGAGUUGAAGAGCUGCUGUAUUUCGGUUAUUUUCAUGCCGCUGUAGCUGUGCUUAGGAGCUUUAACCUUUACUGGUCUUAUUCUGCCGCCUUUUUGUUCCUGCUGUUAGGAUGGAUAGGGUUUGCAUCUAUAUUGCUUACAAUGGAAAAUGGACUACAGAUAACAAGUAUUUGUAUCAUGAGAUCAAAUUAAUUCUUGUGAAUGAUGGAAUAACGUUUGAAGAUCUUGUCGAAAAGAUUUUUCAGGUCCUAAAACUGAAAAGGGGUGAGGUUCAACCAACUAUUUGGUUUGACACGAAUCUAGAAACAAGCAAAGGGAUGCUAGUGACAAACGACGAGGAAGUUACUACUUGCAUCUACUUGCUGAAAAAUGAUCCAAAUUUCAAGACUUCCCGUUUCAUUGUUGAUAUGGCGGAAAGGAACUCUUUGUCAGCAAGGUAUUCAAAAACUGAAGAAGUCAAUAUUGUACAACACGAGGAAAUGCAGAUUGACAGAGAUGAGGCAUUGAUACCGGUUGAGCCAAUAACGGAGUUUGAAUCUCUGGCAAAAGACAAAUCUGUGGACACGGAACAAUCAACGCAUGGUAUGAAACUAAGAAAAAGGUCCCUACCCAGAAAAGUAAUAAAAAAAAGAAAAAGGUCGAGGAGUAAAAGAAACGAUUGGCCAACAGUGGUUUUGGGAGGAAAUGCUUCAUUGGAUGAAAUAGCUGUGGGAUCGCUCUUUGAGAACAAAGAAAGUUUGAAGAAAUGUUUCACAAAUAGUGCAAUUAAAUACCACUUCAAAUUCAAGACCGUCAGAUCGACCAAAAAAAGGUAUUACCUGAAGUGUUAUGAUGACAAUUGCAGUUGGUAUUUGCAUGCUUCACGGGUCCGUGAUUCUGCAUUAUUCAAGAUUUCGAAGUAUGUAGAAGACCAUAGUUGCUCUGCUGAUGUGCUUCAGCCUGACCAACAACGGCACGCAACAUCAAGGGUCAUAUCCGGUUAUAUCCGUGAGCUUCUACCUGAAUAUGAAACAGAGAUGACACCAAAUUUUGUGAAGGAAGAAAUGAGAAAGAGAUUUGGGCUGAACAUUAGUUACCACAAAGCAUGGCGAUCAAUACAAUUAGCUUUUGAUGUGACAAAAGGAAGUCCAGAACAGAACAAUGAAUUGCUUCCCUCUGAAUCCGAACAGAACAAUGAAUUCCUUGUAUCUGAACCAUACAAGGAAUUGCUUCCCUCUGAACCAGAACAGAACAAUGAGUUGCUUAUGUCUGAACCAGAACAGAAGAAUGACUUGCUUCCAUCUGAACCGGAACAGAACAACGACUUGCUUAUGUCUGAACCAGAACGCAACAAUGAAUUGCUUCCGUCUGAACCGGAACAGAACGACUUCCUUAUGUCUGAACCAGAACGCAACAAUGAAUUGCUUCCGUCUGAACCAGAACAGAACAGCGAAUUGCUUAUGUCUGAGCCAGAACAGAAAAUUGAGUUGCUUGUGUCUAUACCAGAACAGAACAAUGAGCUUCCAUCUGAACCAGAGCAGAACAAUGAAUUGCUUCCGUCUGAACCAUUAAGGAACAAUGAAUUGCUUCCAUCUGAAGCAUUACAACAUGAAUUGAUUCCAUCUGAAGAAAGAAACCCAGGAAGGGAUGAUCAGGCCGUAUUAGUAUAGUUUUAAGUGUAGAGCGCCAUGUAUUGUUCUCCAAACCUGGACAACUGAGAGCUGCUUAUUAGUCUUCAUGCCAGCUUUACUCUGGACUCUAAAAAUUUAUAUCGUAGUUAUUCUGGCACUACCUAUUCUAGAUUUAACUGUUGUACAAAGGAAGUCUGGUCAGUUUCAGUUUCAGUUUCAGUUUCAGUUUCUUAGGUUUAUUAUGUUUCCUUCUUAAUAUUGUAGUUUGACAGAACAUGUUUCUGGCACAUGCUUUAUCCUUCCCCUGCUUUAGAUGUAGAUAUUAUUUUGGCUGUUUUUUCUA